AUGUCAAACAACAGAGACACUGUGCACGCUCAGGCCCUCCACACCUCGCCCCUGCUCUGCCACAAUCAUCACAGUCGUCUCAGCAGUCAGCCACAAUCAUCACAGGCGUCUCAGCAGCCAGCCACAAUCAUCCCUGGCAUCUCCGUAGCCAGCCACAAUCAUCCCUGGCAUCUCCGUAGCCAGCCACAAUCAUCCCUGGCAUCUCCGAAGCCAGCCACAAUCAUCACAGGCAUCUCAGGAGCCAGCCACAAUCAUCACAGGCGUCUCAGCAGCCAGCCACAAUCAUCACAGGCAUCUCAGCAGCCAGCCACAAUAAUCCCUGGCAUCUCCGUAGCCAGCCACAAUCAUCCCUGGCAUCUCCGUAGCCAGCCACAAUCAUCCCUGGCAUCUCCGAAGCCAGCCACAAUCAACACAGGCGUCUCAGCAGCCAGCCACAAUCAACACAGGCGUCUCAGCAGCCAGCCACAAUCAACACAGGCGUCUCAGGAACCAGCCACAAUCAUCACAGGCGUCUCAGCAGCCAGCCACAAUCAUCACAGGCGUCUCAGGAGCCAGCCACAAUCAUCACAGGCGUCUCAGGAGCCAGUCACAAUCAACACAGGCGUCUCAGCAGCCAGCCACAAUCAUCACAGUCGUCUCAGGAGCCAGCCACAAUCAUCACAGGCGUCUCAGCAGCCAGCCACAAUCAACACAGGCGUCUCAGGAACCAGCCACAAUCAUCACAGGCGUCUCAGGAACCAGCCACAAUCAACACAGGCGUCUCAGGAGCCAGCCACAAUCAACACAGGCGUCUCAGGAACCAGCCACAAUCAUCACAGGCGUCUCAGGAGCCAGCCACAAUCAACACAGGCGUCUCAGGAACCAGCCACAAUCAUCACAGGCGUCUCAGGAGCCAGCCACAGUCAACACAGGCGUCUCAGGAGCCAGCCACAAUCAACACAGGCGUCUCAGGAACCAGCCACAAUCAUCACAGGCGUCUCAGGAGCCAGCCACAAUCAUCACAGGCGUCUCAGGAACCAGCCACAAUCAACACAGGCGUCUCAGGAACCAGCCACAAUCAACACAGGCGUCUCAGCAGCCAGCCACAAUCAUCACAGUCGUCUCAGCAGCCAGCCACAAUCAACACAGGCGUCUCAGGAGCCAGCCACAAUCAUCACAGGCGUCUCAGCAGCCAGCCACAAUCAACACAGGCGUCUCAGGAGCCAGCCACAAUCAACACAGGCGUCUCAGGAGCCAGCCACAAUCAUCACAGGCGUCUCAGCAGCCAGCCACAAUCAACACAGGCGUCUCAGGAGCCAGCCACAAUCAACACAGGCGUCUCAGCAGCCAGCCACAAUCAUCACAGGCGUCUCAGGAGCCAGCCACAAUCAACACAGGCAUCUCAGGAGCCAGCCACAAUCAACACAGGCAUCUAAGCGGCCAGCCACAAUCAACACAGGCGUCUCAGGAGCCAGCCACAAUCAACACAGGCAUCUCAGGAGCCAGCCACAAUCAACACAGGGGUCUCAGCAGCCAGCCACAAUCAACACAGGCGUCUCAGGAGCCAGCCACAAUCAACACAGGCAUCUCAGGAGCCAGCCACAAUCAACACAGGGGUCUCAGCAGCCAGCCACAAUCAUCACAGGCGUCUCAGGAGCCAGCCACAAUCAACACAGGCGUCUCAGGAACCAGCCACAAUCAUCACAGGCGUCUCAGGAACCAGCCACAAUCAUCACAGGCGUCUCAGGAGCCAGCCACAAUCAACACAGGCGUCUCAGGAACCAGCCACAAUCAACACAGGCGUCUCAGGAGCCGAGAACAAAGAGGUGUGGGAUGAGAUUGGGCUCACUAUGA